AUAGGCCUCGGAGUAGAGGAAAAACAACGUUGGAGGAUGAAGAUAGUAUGGAUGGAAUUGAGGCAGCAGAACCAGAAAACUCUGCAGACACAGACAUUAAAGAAAAACCUGUGGAAGAUGGUGCCCAGACCGAAACAACGGACGCUGAGCAGCUAACACCUAUCCUUCAGCGCUCUUUAUCCGAGGAGUCUGAGCACUCCACUGCCUCUGUUGGAGUUGAGGCCAAAAGCAGUGAACAACUUUGUGCAUUUUGUUGCUGUGGUGAAAGGAGUCUC